ACACCGGGAGAAGCCCGGGAAAACACCGGGAAGGCCCCGGGAAACACCGGGAGAACCCCGGGAAAACACCGGGAGAAGCCCGGGAAGCCCCGGGAGGCCCCCGGGAAGCCCCGGGAAGCGGCGGGGCGGCUGCUCGGCGGCUGCGCGUGUGGAGCGGCAUCGCCGCAUCGCCUCCCGCAGCCCCCGCGGCCGCCGCCGCCUGCGCGCUGGGGAAACCGAGGCACGGCGCGGCCGGGAGGGGCUCGGCGGCACCGCGGAGCCGCUCUCCAGGCUCGCCCCCGGCUCCCGGUUGCCAUCCCGGGCUCGGUGCCUCACGUGUCGCCGCCGCCGGGCCAUGGUCAGCGGCGGCAGCGCCCGAGGGCAGCGGAGGCCGGGGGCUGGCGGCAGGCGUGGAGGGAAGCCCAUGGCCCCCGGACCCCCGGACCGACCCCAGCCCCGGCCCCGGCCCCGCUGCCCCUGACGGCCCCGGGACCCCCCCGGCCGGUCCCGGGGAGCCCCAGCAGGUCACCCCCUCUGGGCCGAGCCAUGCGGGAUCUCCCGGCGCCGUCCCCAGCCGAGCCAUGAGCAGCUGUCCCCACAAUGGGGGGGUGACACGGCCCCGCGUCCCCCCGAGCUCCUCCGGCCACGCCCCGCGACCCCCGGACGGCGAAACGCCGCCGCCGCGCCCCAGCCCCGCUCUGCAGGUGGUGGUGUCCCAACCGGAGCAUCCCGCGGGCACCGAUCCUGGCGCCGAGCCGCUGCCCCCGGCACGGGAGGAACCGCGGCGGAACCAGAACAUCGGCUACAAGCUGGGCCACCGGCGCGCGCUCUUCGAGAAGCGCAAGCGGCUGAGCGACUACGCGCUCAUCUUCGGCAUGUUCGGCAUCGUGGUGAUGGUCACCGAGACCGAGCUCUCCUGGGGGGUCUACACCAAGGAGUCGUCGUAUUCCUUCGCGCUCAAGUGCUUGAUCAGCCUCUCCACGCUGAUCCUGCUGGGGCUCAUCGUCAUGUACCACGCCAGGGAGAUCCAGCUGUUCAUGGUGGACAACGGCGCGGACGACUGGCGCAUCGCCAUGACCUACGAGCGCAUCUUCUUCAUCUCCCUGGAGCUGCUGGUGUGCGCCAUCCACCCCAUCCCCGGCCAGUACCUGUUCACCUGGACCGCCCGCCUGGCCUUCACCUACGCGGCCUCGGUGGCCCACGCCGACGUGGACAUCAUCCUGUCCAUCCCCAUGUUCCUGCGCCUCUACCUGAUCGGCCGCGUCAUGCUGCUGCACAGCAAGCUCUUCACCGACGCCUCCUCGCGCAGCAUCGGCGCCCUCAACAAGAUCAACUUCAACACGCGCUUCGUCAUGAAGACGCUGAUGACCAUCUGCCCCGGCACCGUGCUGCUGGUCUUCAGCAUCUCCUCAUGGAUCAUCGCCGCCUGGACCGUGCGCGUCUGCGAGAGGUACCACGACAAGCAGGAGGUGACCAGCAACUUCCUGGGGGCCAUGUGGCUGAUCUCCAUCACCUUCCUGUCCAUCGGCUACGGGGACAUGGUGCCACACACCUACUGCGGCAAGGGCGUGUGCCUGCUCACCGGCAUCAUGGGCGCCGGCUGCACCGCGCUGGUGGUGGCCGUGGUGGCCAGGAAACUGGAGCUGACCAAAGCCGAGAAACACGUCCACAACUUCAUGAUGGACACGCAGCUCACCAAGCGGGUGAAAAACGCCGCUGCCAACGUGCUCAGGGAAACGUGGCUGAUCUACAAACACACCAAGCUGGUGAAGAAGAUCGACCACGCCAAAGUUCGGACCCACCAGCGUAAGUUCCUCCAAGCCAUCCAUCAGCUGAGGAGUGUGAAGAUGGAGCAGCGCAAACUCAACGACCAGGCCAACACCUUGGUGGACCUGGCCAAGACCCAGGGUGUGAUGUACGAGAUGGUGUCGGAGCUGCAGGAGCGGCACGAGGAGCUGGAGAAGCGCCUGGGGGCUCUGGAGGGGAAGCUGGAGGCGCUGGGGCUGAGCCUGCUGGCCCUGCCGGGGCUAGUGAGCCAAGCCCUGGGCCACCAGCAGCCUCGGGGUGGCGAGCAGCAGCAGCAGCACCGGGGGGGCGAGCAGCAGCCCCGGCUGGGCGAGCAGCAGCCCCGGCUGGGCGAGCAGCAGCGGGGGGAGCUGCUCGGGCCGUGGCCCCCCCGGCUCUGCUCGGCCACCGCCCCCUGCACGCCCCGCAGAGACCCCCCCCGAACCGGCCCCGACAGCCCCCGGCCCGCCUCGGACAGUGGAUGA